AUGUGGAGAAAAUCAGCGAGCAGAGGAUACAUUUGUUUAAUGAGCAGAAGUGUUGUGUUGAAGGAAUUUGCAGGCUCCAAGGCAGUGCGCCAUUGCAGUUCCCAUGUCUCACCCUCAGGGAGGAUAACUGCACGACAAGCAGCGGAUAUUUGGAGGAAACGCUUUGAGGCGGAAGGUGUGACCGAACCCGACCUCUCCAGCCAGUACAUCAUCGCCCAUGUGCUCGGGGCUAAAACUGUAGAAGGUGCCGGGAGGAAGAAAAUGUCUGCAUUUCUCACUCAAGAAGAAGCACAGCGAAUAUGGAAGCUCUGCGAGAAACGCCUUUCCAGGAUGCCUGUGCAGUAUGUGAUCGAAGAGUGGGACUUCAGAGAUUUGACACUGAAGAUGAGGCCUCCCGUAUUCAUCCCACGACCUGAAACAGAGGAGUUGGUAGAAUUGGUCCUGAAUGAUCUUCAAAAGAAGAGCGGCUCCCUUACAUGUUUAGAGGUGGGAUGCGGCUCCGGUGCCAUUUCUCUCAGCCUACUGAAGAAUCUACCCCAGCUCAGAGUCAUUGCACUGGACCAAAGUACAGAGGCUGUGGAAUUGACAAGGGAAAAUGCAUUACGAUUGGGACUUCAAAACAGAUUAAAGGUUUAUCACGCAGAUGUCACUAAAGAUGCAGAGACAGUGUUGAAGCUUUGCCGCAAUGUCUCUACGUUGGUUAGUAACCCUCCCUAUCUCUUCUCAGAAGACUUGCCUUCACUGGAACCAGAAAUUUUGAGGUUUGAGGACCACGCCGCCUUAGACGGUGGCAAAGACGGCUUGCAAGUCAUCCGCAAGAUUUUAACCCUGGCUCCUCACCUUCUCUCAGAUGACGGCUGCAUUUACUUGGAGGUGGAGCCCAAACACUCCCAGCUCAUUCGGCAGUGGGCGGAGUCCGACGCUAAAUGGCUGCGUUUGGCUGAGACACGUUAUGAUAUCACCGGCAGGCCCAGGUUUUGCAUCUUUCGGAGAGACGAGUCACACGAUCACAAGCUGCACCUGGGUUGA